CGGCGCUAGCUGCUCGCUAUAUAUCUUUCUUUCUUUUUUUUUUCUACCCAUCAUAAUAAUCAUACGCUCGAUCGAUCUGCUUGAUUCUAGAGUCCGAUAUAACCCCCGGCCAGGUAGCCGGCUGCACGCGGGCGGCGGCUUUACUUCAAUUCUUAAUUCAUAUAUGAUGCCUGCUGCUGCUGCAAUGGAAUAUUCGGGGGGAGAUAGGGAGGCAUUUGUUGAAGUUGAUCCAACGGGAAGAUACGGACGUUACAACGAGCUCCUUGGCUCGGGUGCCGUUAAAAAGGUAUACAGAGGUUUCGAUCAGGAGGAAGGCAUCGAGGUUGCAUGGAACCAAGUCAAGUUGCGAAACUUCUGCAACGACGAAUCGAUGAUGGAGCGUCUGUACGCGGAGGUGGACAUAUUGACGUCCCUGAAACACAAGAACAUCAUCACCCUCUUCACGAAAUGGAAAGACGCGCAAAGAAACACUUUGAACUUCAUCACAGAAGUAUGCACAUCUGGUAACCUCAGAGACUACAGAAAGAAACACAGGCAUGUUUCCAUGCAGGCUUUGAAGAAGUGGUGUAGGCAAAUAUUACAAGGCUUGGAUUAUUUGCAUACACGCGAGCCUUGCAUCAUUCAUAGAGAUCUCAAUUGUAGCAACAUCUUCAUCAACGGCAACAUCGGUCAGGUGAAAAUUGGUGAUUUGGGCAUGGCUGCAAUAGUUGGGAAGAGUCAUUGUGCACAUUCAAUACUUGGGACCCCUGAAUUCAUGGCUCCGGAGCUGUACGAGGAAGACUACACCGAGCUGGUGGACAUAUAUUCAUUUGGGAUGUGUGUGCUUGAGAUGGUCACCCUUGAGCUGCCUUACACCGAAUGUGAAAAUGUGGCUAGAAUAUACAGAAAAGUGACGUCGGGAAUCAGACCACAAGCUAUGAACAAGGUAAAGGACCCCCACGUCAAAGCCUUUAUCGAAAAGUGCUUAGCGCAACCAAGGCACAGGCCUUCUGCUGCCGACCUCCUCCACGAUUCCUUCUUUGAUGGUAUUUCUUUUAAUGAUGAUGAUGAUGCCGAAAUCUAAAUUUAGCUAGUUAAUUGAAACUUACAACUCAAUUAAUACUUAUAUAUAUACCGGCCGGCCGCCUUAUG